AUGCGCACAACAUCCAAUCAAAUAAAAAUGUCCAAAAAAAAAAAAUUUCUUUUGCAAAAAUUUAUUUUCUGUAAAUUCGAUUUAAUUUUCGCGUCAACUGCUAAUUCAUUUUCAAAAUUGCAAACAUGUUGUGUUUGUCCAAGAAUAUUAGCUCAAUUAAGGAAUUUAUUAAGACUUAAGGAUCCGAAAGUUGCUGCAUAUGAGAAAGAAUUUUAUACGCCAAAAUUUAGAUGUAAAGAAUCCGAUAUUAAUGAAGAUUUGACGGAUUCAGAAACAUUAGCACUAUUAGAAUCUUUCCCUCGUGUUCUAACUGAGAAACAGUUGUAUGUUACUUUUUAUCAUUUUCGUCAAUAUUUAAUAAGAUGUUAUAAUGAUAUGACUGAAGAAGUAUGGAAAGAUUUUAAUAAUUUAUUAAGUGUAUAUCAAAUAUCAGAAGACGAUGAAACAGAAUACUGGAUGGAGUGCAAAAAAGGACUUUCUAGAUUUUUAUUAUCUCUCAAUCAUUAUUCUAUAAAAUGUUUAUAUAAUCACGUUAGAAAAAGAAAAAAACGUAAAUCCAAAAACUUUAAAAAGUUUUUAAAUGAUUUUGCUGAAGCAUGGUUUUUAGGAAUGAAGGAUAUUAAAAAUAAAUGGUUAACAAUUAAUCGUAACAAAAUAAUUAAUUAUAAUAAGGACCAGGAUGAAAAUAUUUAUGAAAAUGAUCCAAACAGAAAAAAUAAAAAAAUGUAA